GUGUAAGGUAGAAGCCGGGGCUUGCACUGAGUAAAGCUCACGCGCUCACUCCUUUCACACUCACUCCCUCGAGCCGCAUUCCUCUGAUACGCAUCGGGAGCCGCCGCUCACAUACCUGUCAUAUUCCUCCCCAAAGCUGCACUUCCGUAUGUCAUGCCGGUGGGGUGAGCGAAAAUAAUGCGAUUGAUCUCGACUACUUUUGGACUUUUCGGUGAAGGCAAAAAGUUUCUGAUACAACUCCAGUUCACCUGAGCGAAAGAUGGAUCGUGUUUCCCACCCAGAGUCACAGACCGUGUAAGCUCCCGGAACAGGUGUGACAACGAAUGAAGGGAAGAUGGGGGGCUGCUGGAAAUGGUGCUACCAAACCUGCACCUGCUGUCUGAGCGAAGAGGACAGGAAAUCGAUAGCUAUAGACAAAGAAAUCCGGAGAAUUCUCGCCGAACAGAAGAAGAGAGAGCGCAGAGAAAUAAAAGUGCUCCUACUGGGCACGGGAGAGAGUGGGAAAACUACGUUUAUCAAGCAAAUGAGGAUCAUCCAUGGAAAGGGAUUCUCUGAAGAAGAUAGACGUUCCUUCACCAAAAUGGUUUUCCAGAACAUCUUCACAGCAAUUAAGGCUAUUACAACAGCCAUGACAACCCUCAGGAUUCCCUACACCAACCAGCAGAACGAGACGUAUGCUCAGUGGAUUCAAGCUGUCAAUAUAAAUGAGGUGACCCAACUGAGCCGAGGUUAUGUGGAUGCUAUUCAGUCCCUGUGGGCAGACACUGGACUUAAAAUCUGCUACAGUCGCCGGCGAGAGUACCAACUACUGGACUCCACUGAAUAUUUCAUGUCAAACCUGGAGCGCAUCGCGGCCCAGGACUACAUCCCCAAUGCUCAGGAUGUGCUGCGGGUGCGUUUCCCAACCACCGGCAUCAACGACUAUUCCUUCGUAGUGGAGAAGAUCACACUCAGGAUUGUGGAUGUUGGGGGACAGAAAUCAGAGAGGAGGAAAUGGAUCCACUGCUUCGAGUAUGUGACAUCGCUCAUCUUCUUGGCUUCGCUUAGCGAGUACGAUCAGGUUCUGGAGGAGAACAACCAAGAUAACCGCAUGGAGGAGAGUCUGACUCUUUUCUACACUACCAUCCACUCACCCUGGUUUGCCAAUUCCUCUAUCAUCCUCUUUCUCAAUAAAAUGGACAUCCUGGCCGAGAAGAUUAAGACGUCUGACCUGCAUAGCUACUUCCCCAGGUUCCAGGGCAGGAAACGGGACCCUGAUGCAGCCAUGGAGUUCAUCCGUGAGAUGUACAAGCAGCAGGCCCAGAACCCUGAAAAGAAGGAAAACAAGACCAUUUACCCGCACUUCACCUGCGCAACAGACACCAACAACAUCCGCAAGGUGUUCAGCGAUGUGAAAGACACAGUGCUCAUCAAGUCUCUGCAGGAAUAUGGCGUGCUGUGACCAGGCCAUGUCAUGACUACUUCUGAAAACCCACCUCACCUUCACCAUUUUCCAGUGUCAUUUUUUCUGAAAGUUCAUUUGUCUAAUUGUUUUGGGUGGUAGACAUGGUACAGACAUCUCCCAACAUUGCAAUAGUGGAAUGGGCCAGAGCUUGGCUAAAGAAAUCAUUAUGGUUUCUCUGCCAUGUGACAAUGAGGACAGAUAUUUGUGGGUUUCUGUUUUUCUUCCUGUUUGUGUGCAAGACAACAAUGCUGUGGUGAAAAUGAAAAACACUCUGGAUUUUACAUUUGACUGCUGCAGUGCUGGCUGGAGGGACUGUGUUUCAGUGUACACACAAAGGCAUCCAUGUAGAUGAAGAAAAAUAUGGCUUCUCUCAAUGAGAACAUUAGAAUGAAUGAAACUUUUUUUUCACGAAAGUGUUUAUUCACUUCUCUUGAAAGGAUGCUGCAUGUCUGAUCAACUUUAUUGCUAGGGUUACAUGAUUUGUUGGUGUUGCAGUUAUAACAGGACACAGUGACUAUUCACCAUUUUUACAGUUAAAUGUAAGAGACUGCAGAUAGUAAGGGCUUUACUUCUUCCUCUGGGACUAGGUCUUACGUCCUUAUCUACAGGGACACAGCUUUUUCAUACUAUUUUCACUUUGUACUCUUUUUUUGCUCAAUUAUACUCUUUUUAAAUGAGAGUAUAUUUGUUCUCUGUGCAGUUCAUAUUUAUCAUUUGGUCUUAGUAUUAUGUCCAGCAAAUGUUAUAAACCUAGGUGCUUAUAAUCAUUUUUGACCUGUAGGGUGAGCUGAACUUCUUAUUUGUAAGCAACUGAAGAUAAAAUAUCUCAAACAAAUGAAGGACAAUCCGAUGUGUUAUAUGUGCUCACCUUUUAACCUAUGAAUGAUUUGUCCAUUACAUUGGGGAUAAAUGAUGAACUUUUUUAAUAUUAUAAAGGAAUUAUAUAGUUAUUUCUUGGUUGCUCAUUGAACAGACAUUUGUGUUGGCUAAGCAUAACCUUAAUCCAUGUUCAUAUAUUCACCAAACCACCUCAUUUAAUAAAUAAUGAUAACUGAUAAUAUAAUAAAUACCUAAAUGAAUAAAAUAAUAAAC